AUGGCAAGCGGCGAUCUCUCAGCGUUUGUUCUUGGCCCCACCGGCAUGGUCGGCAAGAAACUGGUAUCCGAGUUGCUGCAUUCACCCAGGUUCAGCAAAGUGACGACAAUCCAUCGCCGGGCCUUCAAAGACGACGAAAAGGCGGACUUUCCCAAGACCAACUCGAAGCUUGUUGAAAAGAUCGUCGAUUUCGACAAGCUCGAGGAACAUCGAGAAUACUUUCGCGGACACGAUGUUGGCUUCUGCUGUCUCGGAACAACGAGGGCGGAUGCUGGAUCGGCCGAGAACUUUGUCAAGAUCGACCACGACUACGUCUUGAAGUCGGCGCAGCUAUACCAUGCCGAGACCGAGCCUGGCAAGCCCAGCCAUUUUGUGCUGCUGACGUCGGCUGGAUCCAACAAAUGCUCCUACUUCCUUUACCCACGGACCAAGGGCCUCCUCGAGUUCAACUGUGCCAAUCUCGGGUUCGACCGACUGACGAUCUUGCGGCCCGGUCUCCUGGAUAUUGGCCAGGACAGGCGCCCAUCAUCUCGCCCGCUGGAGCACCUGGGACACAUGGUCUACACCAAUCUCUUGACAGAGACGAUGAGGAAAACCCUGGGCAUCUCCACCGGCAAUGUCGCGGCGGCGAUGAGGAAGGUGGCCGAGGACUGGAUCGCAAGCAAACACAGCCCCACGGUUGUCCAGAUCUACGAAAACAACGACCUGCACGAGCUUCUCAGCAAAAUCUGA